AUGUUGGAUUCUUUGUAUGAUGGUAACUUUUCAAAAAUCCUUACCUAAAUUGAAGGCGGAUCUGUAGCUCUCUGACCUGUCCCAAUGUUUCUUUUUUUUUUUUUUUUUUUUUAAAGCUACAGUUCUGCAGUUAUGUAGGUAUAUGAAAAUAUUAACGAGCAAUAUAGCAGCAAGGGGACUCCUUUUAUAAUAAAAAUAAGCCAAAUCAAACGGCACAAAAUGAAUAAAUAAAAAAGAAAUAGAAAGAAAAAUGAUAAUACCGGUAACGGGUAUUUAAAAGUCUAGGUGACACUUCAGGUUUUCUCCCGUGUUUUCUUAUGUAGCAUGGUCAUACACCAUUUUUAAACUUCCGCAUGUUACGAUUAAAUGCUUGCACCCGGAUUGUUCGAUGUUUUUCUUAUUUCUCUAUUCAGAUACACCUCAGAGAAACAUGGAGAGGAUUGUCAUCUCUACGUAUACAUUGUUUAUUCUGGCUUUUCCUCUGUCUGUUAGUUCUAACAACAUCGCCAUGUUACAAGGAGAUAUUCAUCUCGGUGGACUUUUCAAAAUAUUCAAUGACGAGCAAUGCACCAGUGAGAUAGAUGCAAUGUCUGUUCGGAAUUUCGAGGCUGUUAAGUGGACAUUAAAGAAAUUAAAUGAGGCUGAUUACUUGCCGGGCAUUACACUGGGCAUAGAGGGGUUCCCUACAUGCAACGUACAAGGAAGAGCAUUGGAGCAUACAACUAGAAUAAUACACAGAAACCUUCGUGAUCCAGCGGAUCACACAUCACCUCCUAUUGCAGGUUUGAUAGGUCCGGGAUACAGCCACGAGGCAGUGGACACAUCAUCGUACAUCAGUUCACUGGGAGAAAACAACUUAAUUCUACAGACGCUCUUCUCCACGACCGCCUCAGCUCUCAGUGAUGCAUCUAAAUAUAGAAAUAUACUUCGAGUCAUCCCCGAUGAUACAAAGCAAAUUUCGGUCAUAAUAUCCCUAGUGGAGAGCCUUAAAUGGAACUACGUUGCUGUUAUUUAUGAAAACAAUGAAUAUGGAGCUGGAAACUAUGAAGGGUUUAAGAAACGGGCCGAGGCAAAAAAUGUAUGCAUUGCGUAUGCAUCUGCAAUAUCGAUGGAAAACGGUCUGGUAAAAUCACAAGAAGUACAGAAGAUUAUAGAAUCCGUAAUUCUUCAUACUGAAAGCCCAAUCACUGGAGUUAUUGUUUUUGCCUCCACUAAAACUGCCGAAGUGUUCCUGAACAUUGCAAAUAAACUAAAAAAUCAGUAUAGUUUUCGACUUGGAAUGAUAUUUUCCGAAGGAUCUUCCGAUAUGGGUACUGAAACAUUGAAGCAGUUUCCCAUUGCCAAGGGAUCCUUCUUUACAACUCCUCCUUGGAUAUCGUUUGACAAAUUUGGAGUCCACUGGUUGAAUAUUCUAACCAAUAAAACUGCUUUCAAUGAAGAAGUAUCCUCCAAUCCCUGGUUAGCUGAGAUUGUUGGAAAGUUUAUUUCCUGUGAUAUCCAGAGUUCUUCUUGUUCCAUGCCGACUCCUUCAAUUGUGAAAUCUGUAGUAGGUGACAAUUUAUUCGAAGGUUAUGCUAUUGUAUCAACAAUACUGCAUGCCAAGGUACUGAGAGAUCUUCACCGUGAAUCGUGUGGAGGGAGUGGUGGAUUUUGCACCAGUUUUAACAACACAAUAUGGAAAAACACUCAUAAACUCAUUGAAAUGGGAAAAAAGACACAAGUGAAUUUGAACGAAGAUAUUCCUGAUGCUUUUAGGCAAUCAUUAAUUUUUUCUUUCAACGACUCAACGGAUGCCAAUAUUAUAGGAAAUUUAUCUGAUUAUGAAGUGCAUCAUUUCCGUUAUUGCAUUUUCCGAAGUCAGGACAUGUGUUUAGAACUAGUUGGGAAUUACAGAAAUUCAACACUGAAUUUGGAGACAGAGUUACUGAGAGACUACACGGAGAACUCGGCUGGCUUAGCAUGGCCUAAUAUUAUAAAGGCUCAAUGUGGUGAUGGAAAGAAAUGUGACUCGUGUCAGAAUGGCAAUUUGGCAAAUGAAAUUAUUUUCAAAAAGGGCGACGUGUAUGUUGCUGCAGUGGUUCCCGUUUAUAAUAAGGAUACAUCUGAUCCUCUAAAGUGUGCUGAUAUUCGAACGUCUAAUGGAUGGGAGAUUGUAGAAGGAAUACGGUUUGCGGUGGAAACAGCUAACGAAAAGCGUGGUAGUUUUGAAAAACUUUUUCAGAAGAAGCAAAUUGGUUACAUUAUUUUCAAUAGCUGUAACCAACCUAUAUUGAUUCAAGAAAAACUUUUGAAGUUCUUUUCAGAAGGUAUAAAACUGUCGGAUGGUUCUCAUGUAUCUGACCUACAGAAAAACAUUCUUGGAUUUGUAGCUGCAUAUGGUAGCAGCAUUAGCUUAGCAACAUCACCUGUUCUUCAGGAUUUUAAUUUUCCACAAAUCAGUUACGCUUCGACUGCAGCUGUAUUAAGUGAUAGAUCUGCCUACAAAUAUUUUAUGCGAACAUGUACACCAGAUGACCAGCAAGCUGUCGCAAUGAUAAACAUUGUUAAAACUCUCAACUCAUCAUAUAUCCAGAUUAUGUUCAGCGAGGGAACAUAUGGCGAAGGAGGAAGAGAUGCAAUAGUGAGAGCUGCCAGGAAAUCAAAAAUAUGUAUUGCAAACGAAAUUCAAGUCAAAGAAAAUCAAUACGAAAAGAUCCGAGAUGAUCUUAACAAAACUCCAUAUGCUGCAAUUGUUCUUUUGUUUUUAAAAAGUCAUGUUGUAGAAGAUGUACUGGUUGAACUGCACAAAGUAUUAAAUCCAUGGAGAUACCUUUUUAUAGGCUCUGAGGCGCUCGGAACACGAUCUGACAUAAUAUCUGGAAAACCAAAAUUAGAAGGAACAAUAUCCCUGUCUCUCCAUAUGAAACCUUUAACUGGAACAUCUAAAUUUGAGAGAUAUUUGUACGAUAGACUUACAGAUAAUUAUAAUGACAUGAACCCUUGGACAAAAGAAUAUUUUGAACAGAAAAAUUCAUGUUUUCUUUCGGGCAGCUUUGAUAAAACGUCUGGUUCUCAAUGUACCGAUAUUAAGGAGGCUUUCAACAACAAAGACUACCAACCGGAACUGUGGACGGCCUUCGCCAUCAACGCCAUGUUUUCACUUCUACAAGGGGCAAAUAAAUCUUUUGCUGAAUUGUGUGGAACUCAAUCUUCUAUAUUGUGCCAACAAUACAGAGAUUCCCCGCAGAGAGUUUACGAUUUGAUAAAAAAUGAGAAGUUGGUUAUUGAUGACAGUGGGAUACCUUCCAGGGUGUUUAAUGAAAACGGUGAUGGUAAUAUAGGGUACAAAAUCUACCAAGUGCAGAGAAAAACCACGGAUACUGGCAAAAUGAUAUUUGUAGAAAUAGGAAAAUUUACGUUAGACGAAGACGGCUAUUCCAUACACGAGAAGACAAUAAAGGACCCGUUUACGACUUUGCCAUCACGCUGUCCUAAUCCCCUGGAAUGUGACAAAUGCUCGGGUCAGAUCGGCGACCAAUCAACCAGUUCUCCACCUACAAGUGAACAAAGCUCCACAGUAGCAGUUAUUUUGGGUACAUUGUUUGGUGUAACAUUUCUAGCUGUGAUUACCUUGAGCGCAAUGUUUCUUUUGAAAAUCGGUCGUGGAUGCAACCAAACUAAAGAAAACGUAGAUGACCAUUAUCUUGAUGCUGUACCAGAGAAUGGCAAGCAAACUCCAGAGGAAUGUGGUCACGAUUUCCGUAUGCACCAGGACCAUUAUCUACAAGUACAGUAGUCCAACACAUGGAGGAAUGGAAGAGCGUUCACUUAUCAUACUUUUACUCGUAGAUGAUGAAUCAUUCUUAUAAAUUCGAAUCGACGAAGAAUGUUAAGAUAUGUAAAUAACUUUUUUUUAUCAUAUUUUAAUAGACUACUAGGCAGAACUUAGCUUUGUUUAGAUCACUAGUGCCAUACUCUGUUAAAUUUACGUUGAAAUAGUUUUUCCUUUCAUGAUCGUGCGAGUUAAAAAGAGGUUCAUUUCUAGAGUACAUGUAUAUAUAUUUGAAUGAUUUACAGAACUGGGGGGGGGGGGUAAAAGGGCGACAUUUCCUAAUUAAUUUUGUCAUUUGCUACCUCAAUGAUUGAAUGUAAUAGAACGUUAGUAGGUAUGUGUGUGCCAUAACUAAACUAACCUCAGUUGAUAUAUAUGUAUGCAUUUAUUUUACCUCGUUGAAUUUGUAUCGGUGUGAUUUGUUGAAUUAAUCGAUUUCCAGAAGGUGCAGUUCAGUGCUGUACACGUUUCAAAACGAGUAGAGCACCCAGUAUUUGAUAGGAAAGGUCAAUGUCACUUAUCUGCACAUCACCAUGACAUCAUAAAAAUGUACUCAUAUCGACUUUGCAUUAUGACGUCAUAAUCGUUUCUAAAUUCUUAGAAUUUUGUGAAAUAUUUCAACUUUUUAGAGCUUUUGAUGAAUUUUCAUACACACACCAACCGUCGAUGUAAUUUAUCUAUCCGAUAUUCACUAUUUUCAUGAAUUAUUAAGAGAUAAUCGAUAAUCUUGAAGGAAUUGAAUCGCGGGUGGAGUUAUCUAAAUAUCCAUAAAUAUGAUUUAUAUCUUCUAUUCCCUCACAAAAUUAACAUUUCCCCCCUCAAAUCACAAAAUUAAUUUAGUUAAGAUACCUUUGCCCCAAUACAUUACCUCAAUGGAUACAACCGAAUGGAAUGUAAUUUAUUUUCAUGAUUUCUCCGUUAAGUCCAAAUCAAUGGAGACAAUGGAAUUUUUAUAGAGUUAUAUGGGAAGGGGUAAUAUAUUUCACCUUUGAACUAUAUAGAAAAUUUACAAGUCUCUUACUUGCUAGGAAUUUUAUAUUUGUACUUAUUACAACCAAACUAAGCCAAAAGGUGUAUAUAAAUCCAUGCAUCCAUUUUCUUAUCAUAUUGUUUGUAUUGCAUUGAAAAUAGACAAAUAAAUAAACUAGAAAUAUCGUAUAUUUUAAAAGUUAGAAUGUAAAACUUAUACGGUACCAAUUUUGAUGCACCAGAUGCGCAUUUCGAGAAAUAAUGUCUCUUCAGUGACGCUCAACGGAAAUGUUUUAUGUUUUUUGUGAAUACAUCUACUCAUAAUGAAUCCUAUUUAAUCUGUAUCUAACAUGCAUGUGUCCAGCAACGCAGCCUGACUAUAUUCAGGUAUAAUUGUCUGUGAUGAAAGCUUUUCAUAAAUAUCAAAUAUAAUCUUGUAUAUCUUUUAAAAUUAAGAUGUUUUCUCAAAUUCCAUCUCAAAUUUUCAGAGAUUAUUUGAAUUAUAAAACAUCUAAUCUUGAUUUUGAAUUACAUAUUUUUUGUAGUUCAAAGUCUAAGUCCUUGUCCUAGAUGAGAUUAGAUUUCCUUCCUCUAAUUAUAUGUUUAGGUGAAUGUGUUGUUUUUAUUUAAUGCAACAAAAAUGAUAUUGGUGUUGUGUGUAUAAAUCAGGUUUGUGAGAUUAAUCACUGUUCGUUCUCUUCACCUUUCAAUUAGCACUUUCUAACAUUUCAGAAACAAUACAGUAAUUAAGAGAAAGGUAAUUUUCCCUGUCUUUCUUUAAUUUGUAUGCAUCGUUGAAAGUAUGAACUUUGCAAAAUUUCCAAGAUUCAAAAGUGAAGAAAUUAAAGAUUUGGUUUGAAUGAUAAAAUAAUUUUAAAUGGCUAUAAGAAAAACACAGCUAACCCCCACCUUCAUAGGCCAGGAUAUGUCCAGAUAAUGUAAACGUACUCAAACGUAAAUUGAAGACAACUCUUUUCUGUUUAUUUGUACAUGUACAUUUAGUUAUGAGUUGUUGCACCUUUCUGAUAUCUGAUUCGUCCAUUGGCUCUUGUUUAUUUGACGUAUCCCAACCUUGAGGCUGGCAUUUUCAUAUAAGGUACGUAUUCAAUGUAUAACGACCUUAUGUCAUAUCCAGUAUAUGGAUGAUAUGAUUUUUGUGUUGAAGGGCUCAUCAAAUAAAAAUGAUUCACCAUAGGAAUUUUCAAAAUUUUAUUUACUGCUCGAGUUAUUUCACCUAGAAUUUAACAUUGAAGUAUAUGGAGAAAAGAAUGUUUUAUUAAAAUAUAUUUAAAAGAAAUUAUAUUUUCAUACAAAUUUCAUGGUAGAAAGGUACAUACAUUUUCUCAUUAUGAAAAUAUGAAAUAAAAUUAACCAUUUACCACACACAUGUUUAGAAAAUUAGAUUUUUCUCAUUUUUACAAAGGGCAAAUAACUCUUCAAAAAGGUCAGAUUCUAAUAAUUUACCAGUCAUGUGAAUUUGAUUUACUUCACUUUCAUCAUUAUUUAACAAUAAACAUGUACAUAUUGUAUAUUAAUUCAAAUCCUUCAAAACUGUUCAUUAUCCUUUCGUUAUACAUUGAAUACCUAAAGUAAUUUUUAAAGUUGUUACAUUAUUUAUGUAUUCAAAAUUGAUUUGCAAGAGUUCAAAAUCCCCCCCCCCCCCAAUAAAAAUAUAUAUGGAAUGCCAAAUUAACUUAUGUUCAAAUAUCCACACCUAUCUUCAAAUCAUUUGUACCAAUCAUUGAAUCAAUUGUAUCAAUCUCCAAAUGAAUUCAAGAUUUUGAUUCAAUUAUAUCUAUCUUUAAUUCAUUUGGAGGUAGGUAUAUGGAAUUGAUGAUACGUACAGUAGAAGCGAAGAUGGGUACAAAUACCAAGAAUUAAAGAUGGCUAUAAGUGAUUCAAAGAUAGGGGCAAUCGAAUUGAACCAAUAUUUAAUUAUGAAAAUACUUAUUUGUACCUAUCUUCAAAUCAUUUGUGUAGAUGUUUUAAUUUUACCUGUUUUUAAUCAAAUCGUAAUAUACGUAAAUUAAAGUAAAAAGUGGUAUAAUGCUAUGAAACCUAUCUGGAAAUGGGCGUAAUUCAAUACACAGAUAGGUGUAAUUCAUUUGAACUGAGCGAGGUUAAUUUAUUUAAAGGUUAUUUACACUUACCCGUAAUUCAAUUGUGUCUUUCUUCAAUUCAUUUGGAGAUAUGUUCAACUACUUGAAAAUAGGUAGGAAUAGUUUUGAUAAGACAUUCCACAGAUAUGCAGAUAUUUUAGAAUUACACAUAUAUGUACAAACCAGAAGACACAACAUGUACUUGUAAAUGCAUCAUGGGGCUUAUCAAUCAAAUUUUUAAAAUUCUAUUGAAAUCUCUCAUAUUUUUUCUCACUUAAAAAAGUAUAUUGCAUUUAUGUUUCCUCAAUUUUAAAAGUGUGGCCUAGUUGAACAUUUUGACCCUGUUUACCCGUUCCUUAACUUUUUUGUCAUUAUGACUUUUGUUAUUUCGUGUAUACUUUCUUGUAACUGUAUUAUUACUUUUCUGCGGUUUUGUAAUGAAGGCAUUGAAGAAAGGAUCUCAUCUUAGGCACGUUUGUUUAUCAUUUCUGUUUUUAAAGAUUACUCCCACUUUAGUUAGCCUUUACUCUAGUCACUACACUGUGUUUGUAAAUUGCAUAAUUAUAUAUUCUAUUGUAAAUUGCAUAAUUAUAUGUUCGUUUGUAAAUUGCAUGAUAAUAAGUUCUAUUGUAAUUUGCAUAAUUAUAGGUUUUAUUGUAAAGUUUGUGUUCUAUUUAAAGUGUUUGUAUCUUGUGAGAGAAUGCCUUAUGUAUUUCUGAUGAAAUGGACUUAAAAUACGUUAUAUAAUUCUAUAUUAACUUGACAAUCAUUUUAUAAUAAAUUAAAAAUCGAUUUCUUUA